AUGAGGACGGACACACCGGUGACGGCGUACUCGAAGGAGCAAAAAGCGCAGGGAGUGGUGCUGCCGAUAGCUGCUAGACUGGAAGCAGUCCUGCAGAAGGAGCGGGAGAAAAGCCUUUCAGGAGUUCCGUCGCAGAAACUUGUUGGUGCUAAGCCCGUUUCCCGGGAGAGCACUCCUCUGAAAACCGCUUCACUGAAGACCGUACCUUUGAGUCGGAACCCAUUGGGCUCUGAGAGGUACGAGCUGCUUCGCACUCCGGAUGCCGGAGCACCCCGGAACGAAUUUUUCACUCAGGGGCCCUUCGUGAAAAGCGAAGAUACUGUUAAUGCCGGACUGUAUAGAGGUCUUCCUGGAACGGCUUUCGUCACGGAUACAGCACCCUCGUUGGAAAUAGAAGAUACCGAUGGUGAUGAGUAUCACUACGAGGCUAGUGUAACUGAGGCUAGUGUAACUGAGGAUGAAUGCGAAAAUGAGGGUCAGGAAUAUGAGGGUCAGGAAUAUGAGGGUCAGGAAUAUGAGGGUGAAGAGUCUCAGAACUCUCAGUAUACUGGUGAGUUCAAUGGCCAAAUAAAUGAUGCCCCUACUGGCAUUCAGGCAGGGAGAUUCAUGACCAAUCUGAGGCAUAACUUAGACCACAUCUGGGACAAGGUGAAGGCCGGUGGCGAGAUAUCGGUCCCGGAGACAGGCGCCCCUCAGAGGACAAGUCAGACGAGAUCCGUUGACGUGUCUGAGUGGAGCGAGUGGGAGUGGCUGGAUAGUCCCUCUGAAACACACAGAAUCUUCUACUACGAAACCACGGAAAUUUGUAAAGAGUAUUACUACCACCCGGAAGACGCAGAGACCCCUCUUCCCCAUGGGAAGCAGAAUGAAUGUGACCAAGAUGCAGACAACCAACGGGGGUUCUCAGCCGAAGCAUGCGACGAAACCGCGUUCGAACAGAACCCUCCCCACCACACAGAGAAGGACGUUCAAGACGGAGGCGAGAGCGAAUGUGAAUGCGAAGGGGAAUGUGAAUGCCAAGGGGAGUGUGAAUGCGACGGUGAAUGCCAGUGCUACUAUCAGUGUGCGUGCGAAGGCGAAUGCGAAUGCGACCAAGAUGAAUGCAACGCCGCAGACGAUGCUGCAGACGAUGAAGAGGACGUAACUGCCGAGGAAGGUGAGCACGAGGAAGACUGGGAAGAGGAAGAGGAAGAGGAGGAAGGGGAAGAGGAAGAGGAAGAGGGUGAGGAAGAGGAAGAGGAGGAAGGGGAAGAGGAGGGAGAGGAAGAGGAAGAGGAAGAGUGGGAAGAGGAAGAGUGGGAAGAGGAAGAAGAGGAAGACUGGGAAGAGGAAGACGAGGAAGAGGAAGAAGAGGAGGAAGAGGAAGACUGGGAAGAGGAGGAACCUUCCAAGACCGCUCCCGCCCCCAGCAAGUGGAUGCCUUUGAACUGGCGGUACCAAAGACCGUCGCACCGCCAUCGUUACCAGAUUCUGCAGUUGGUGUAA